AUGCCAGAAGAAUCACAAGUAGGGCUUAAAAAAAGUCGUGAAGCUUGUUACAAAUCGCGCGAUAUUUUCUUGAAGUGCUUCAGUGAGAAUAGAGAGGACGAAAGGAAGUGCGUUAAGGAGAAGAAGAAUUUUGAUCGCGAUUGUCCUGCAUCUUGGGUGCGUUUCUUAUCAUCCGUUCCGGGACAGUGUGGUCCUAAAAUAGCAGACUCUGUGAAGGACACUGAUGACAGUCGCCUUCCGUUAUAUUUAAAACUCCUAUCUUUUUCGGAGCUAAAUGACGAAGUCAAUGCUGAUCGCGUGCAAGCUUUCAGAAACCUCAAUCGUAUUUAUGAUGUCAAAGUCAUUUCUGCUAUGUACGAUCAUCAGCUGUACAAUUCAGCUCGUAGUUUUGCGAAGACUAGGCUUGAAGACCCUGCUUUUCUGACUCCUGCAGCUUUCCUGCGUAUAUGCGGGUUGAUGAAAGAUUUUUUUUUGCACAGUAUUGAAACACCAGACGACCACGAAUUGAUAAGAUCACUUCGUGAACAGUUAGAUUACAUGCCCUCCUUUUGUACAGGUGCAGCUAAGCUUUAUCUUGAUUCGUGUGGAGUAGUGAAUACUCUUCCAACAGUACCGUCAAAUAUCAUUCAAAGGGCGAACGUGGUGGAGGCCCUUCUUGCAAAUUUCCUGCGGCAGAAGAAGUUCCAGUAUUUUGAAGAAUUAUUGAAGAACGAACCCGAUUUUUGUAUUGGUAACUCAGUAGUUCUGCUUAGUUCAUUACUGAAGGUCAUCGAAUCAAUGCCCUAUAUCUCAAAUUUGUUAUUGAAUCGUUUUUUGCUGGAAGGUUCAGUCCCUGAGAAGUCACUGCUUACCCUGCUUGAACUUAUUUUAAAUAAGUCGAGAUUGUGGGAUGCAAAAAUUGUAAGUAUUUCUCGGGAAGGCCGCUGUUCUCGCUGCAACAGUGUGAUGGUCAAAGAAGAAGGUGUCACUAAUGAGGACUUUGGUCAUAUCCGAGAUGACUUUAGGAGGUACAUUUUUAGAGUUUCUUCUGAUCGUUCAAGAGCUCUUCCAGUCGAGAUUAAAGCAUUGCUGACGUAUAUCAGGAAACUACCUCAGGAUAGCGGUCACCCAUUAGUUGUUGAUGGUUUAAAUACUACGGGUGGGGGAGAUUUUUACAAUGCAUUAUUCGAAAAAAUGCCUUGUGUGACAGUUAAAUUCAGUCCUAUUAUGUUGAUCACCCGCAAGGGACAGCCAAGACGUUUUAUUGAUGAAAUUAGGCGACGUGGAGUAGAGGUUUUUUUCUGCAGUAAAAGCAGUGACGAUGAUCUGUUCAUACUACUGUCUGCUUUGGAAAUUGGACUAAACUGCUUUAUUUUAUCAAACGAUCGUUUUCGUUACUAUGAUUCCGUGGUAUCUUCUUCAAGAAGGGAUUUGUUUAGGAAAUGGUUGCGGACUAGAUUGAUAACCCACGAUCUAACGGAUAUUCGUUUUGUUAUGCCUCCCGUUCACGCUUUAACUCCUCAACUGAAUGAAGGUGUCUACCACUUACCGUUUUUUGAGAAGUGUAUCAGUCAUACGAAGGAAGAUGAGUAUACUUGGCUCUGUGUUAGGAAGUCUAGUUGA